GGGUUCCCUGCGCGGCCGGCUCGCUGGCGUUCGAGCGCCGAGCGUGCUUUUGCGUGGUUGCUCCGCCCCCUCCGGCCUUUCCUUCCGGCGGCUAGGGUUUGAAGUGUCCGCCGGCUCUGGACUGGGCGAGUACGAUGCUGCCCGGCCCGCCUCGGCUUUGAGGCGAGAGGAACGUCCCAGACCCCUUUCAACUUGCUGACAGCGUGUAGUCCCAGCAGCUAUGUCCGCGGGGUUCUCCUUCGGGUCUGGGACCCUGGGUUCCUCCACUGUGGCUGCCGGUGGGACCGGCACAGGCGGCGGUUUCUCCUUCGGGACUGGAGCAUCUAGCAACCCUUCUGUGGGGCUCAAUUUUGGAACUCUUGGAAGUACUGCGACUCCAGCAACUACAUCUGCUUCUGGUGGUUUUGGAACUGGGCUCUUUGGAGCUAAACCUGCCACUGGGUUCACCCUAGGAGGAACAAAUACAGGAAUAGCAACAACUAUAACUACAGGAUUAACUCUGGGAACACCAGCCACUACAUCUGCAGCUACAACAGGCUUCAGUUUAGGAUUCAAUAAACCUGCAGCGUCUGCCACCCCGUUUGCUCUCCCUAUUACAUCUACCUCAGCUAGUGGUCUGACUCUUUCCUCUGCCCUGACGUCAACUCCAGCAGCAUCCACAGGAUUUACUUUAAAUAAUUUGAGUGGAACAACAGCCACAACUACAACUGCAUCUACAGGCCUUUCUUUAGGGGGAGCCUUAGCUGGUUUGGGAGGUUCGCUUUUCCAGAGUACAAACACAGCAACAACAGGACUCGGACAGAAUGCUUUAGGCUUGACUUUGGGAACUACGACAGCUACAUCAGCUGCAGGCAAUGAAGGCCUGGGUGGUAUAGAUUUUAGUAGCUCAUCAGAUAAAAAGAGUGACAAAACAGGAACAAGACCAGAGGAUAGUAAAGCACUGAAGGAUGAAAGUCUACCUCCUGUCAUCUACCAGGAUGUUGAAAAUCUCCAGAAAUUUGUGAAGGAACAAAAGCAAGUCCAAGAAGAAAUUAGUAGAAUGUCAUCAAAAGCAAUGCUUAAAGUACAAGAAGAUAUUAAAGCUCUAAAACAGCUUCUGUCAUUGGCUGCCAGUGGAUUACAGAGAAACACUCUCAAUAUCGACAAAUUGAAAAUAGAAACUGCUCAGGAAUUAAAGAACGCUGAAAUAGCUUUAAGAACCCAGAAAACACCACCUGGACUUCAACAUGAAAAUACAGCUCCUGCGGACUACUUCAGAAUCUUGGUUCAACAAUUUGAGGUACAGCUUCAGCAGUACAGACAACAGAUUGAAGAACUAGAAAAUCAUCUUGCCACUCAAGCAAAUAAUUCACAUAUAACCCCACAAGAUUUGUCAAUGGCUAUGCAGAAAAUUUAUCAAACAUUUGUAGCUUUAGCUGCACAACUUCAGUCUAUUCAUGAAAAUGUAAAGGUGCUCAAAGAACAGUACCUUGGCUAUAGGAAAAUGUUCCUGGGAGAUGCUGUAGAUGUGUUUGAAGCCAGGCGAGCGGAAGCUAAGAAGUGGCAGAAUGCACCCAGAGUUACUACUGGACCCACACCUUUCAGCACCAUGCCAAACGCGGCAGCCGUUGCCAUGGCUGCAACACUUACACAGCAGCAACAGCCUGCUACAGGGCCACAGCCAUCUCUGGGAGUUAGUUUUGGAACGCCAUUCGGCUCAGGUAUUGGCACUGGCUUGCAAUCAAGUGGCUUAGGUUCUUCAAACCUUGGAGGAUUUGGAACUAGCUCUGGUUUUGGAUGCAGCACCACAGGGGCCUCCACAUUUGGAUUUGGAACAACAAAUAAACCCUCAGGAAGUCUUAGUGCAGGCUUUGGCAGCUCAAGUACAUCUGGGUUUAACUUCAGCAAUCCUGGCAUCACGGCAUCAGCUGGUUUGACAUUUGGGGUGUCCAAUCCUGCCUCUGCAGGUUUUGGAACAGGAGGACAACUCCUUCAGUUGAAGAAACCUCCAGCUGGAAACAAAAGAGGAAAAAGAUAAACAUAUGGGGUGAUAUGUUGCGAGAAUCCAUAGCAGCACGUUCAUUCUAUGAGUCUAUUUUUCUAAUGAUGCAGUAAUUAAUUGCAUCCCAGGAGAUUUCUAAAGUUUUGAUAUUUUUCCCUACUCUGGAAUUUGAACUUUGUUCAUUUUUGCCAUACGGAACAUCUUUUUUCUUGUGAAUUUAAAACUUAGUUGUGUUUUUUGUUGUUGUUGUUAAAUUGGUCUCAUUGUAAGAAAUGUUCUGAUUAUAUCGCUGAUUGAUAAUGGUAAGAAACCAUUAGCCUAAAACCUUCUAUCUGACCUAGUGUUAACAUCAAUGUUUUUGUUGAUAAGGUUUACAUUAUGUGAAUAUAUGCACAUGUGUUUCUUAUACAGCUGGUUGUGAACUCUAGGGCCUAUACUAGAAUCAUUUUGUUCCUUGAUAAAGGCCUUUUGAAUUACACUGCAGGGCAUCUUGUGAAUAUGUGUGUAAAUAUAUACAGAAUAACACACACACUUGUGUGUACAUAUAAAAUAUAUAUUUACGGACCUACAACUUUUGCCUCAGACUGUUCCCCUUUUCUAAGGGUAUUCAAUUUUUCACCUUUUAAGCUUCAUAUCCUCAAUGCUUGUAGAAUGAUGAGCUACAGGUACCAGGUUAUUGCAGUUGUUUGCUUAAAGACUUAUUGAAAUGGUUACUGGCUUACAUAUUUGACCAACUAAAUUACAUUGCCCCCAUUCUUUUCCAUUUUUGCUUCUACCAUACCAUUCACAGCUACUUGAAAUGAGGAAUGCUUUACUAAUCAAACAAAUUUUAAUGACUUUUAUUAUCCUCUAUAAUAUCCUCAUUUGCUUCUAUGAAAGUUUUUUCUUAUCUGAGAUGGACCUUCAGGAGCAUUUUUGCACCUGGGGGCAAAGAGCUAUUAAGCCAAAUUGGUUCUAUGCAGGUCAAGGAUGUACUUGAGUGAGAACUUUUCUAGCUAUUCCAAUACAGCAUUCUUUCUUAUUAGGGCUAUUAGAUAUUGACACCAAAUGGAGUGGCUUCUCAGCCUCUCAACGUCUUAAGUAAGUGCUUAAUUUGGAAUAGAGAAACAAUAUAUUUUAAGAAAGAAAAAUAUUGUUUGUAGCAACUAUAAACUCUCCCGUGUUGUAUCAGUGAACAGAGCUCCAGGUAAUAAUGCAUAGGCAUGUCAGGUCGCAUCUGUAUAUUUGUCUAUAUUAGUAUUAGUGACACUGAGUGGAUCAAAAGGAAAACCCUUGGAAAGAGAACUGCCUUAGCUAUGUAUGACUUAAGAGAGAAACCAUUAGGUAGUACUAUUUAUCUUUCAAGUACAGUUUUCAAAUGGGAUGUGAACAUGGACUUUCAUUGAAAAUAGUUUAAUUUUUUAUAUAAAAGAUUUUGUACAUAAUGUGCAUUAGUGAAGAUUUUCAGGAUCAUUUUCACCAAGACACCUUUUUUCUAAAAUAGAUGUUGCAUACAUACACACGCCCAUAUGUUUUUAGUGUAAUGUUAUUUGCGUUUGAUUAUAAAAGUAUUACCAAAUCUGUUUUAUUUAUCUGCAUAUAAUGAUUGGCUUCUUUGAAUUGAAGUUUUUGCGCCUUGAUGCAUUAAAAUAGGAACAUUAUUUGUCUCUGAGCACUAAACUUGUCUUUACUUUUGCAUAUUUCUCUAAUACUUCAGCUCCAGAUUGUGGGGGAAGUUAGGAAAAAGGUAUGAUUCUGUGUUUUGAAUUACUGUCAGAAUUACAUACGUAAUUAUAACAAACUUUUUUAAAAAGGACAUUGCAUUGUGCUGCAAAAAUCUGAAUAUUUAUAUUUGUUUUUUUUUUUAUAUAUUUUACAUUUUAAUAUGUUGAACCACUGGAAAUUUGUAAUGGAUUACUUUUGUGACAAAAGUUUAAAUGUGUUGUCAUUGUCUCCAUUGUCUUCACUUUGUCCGGAGCCUAUUAUUACAGAAACAAUAAAAUUUAUUGUGUCAUUU